AAUAAAAUGUAGUAUAACUCAUACUGUAUAAGAAGAGCAUUGUCUUAGUCCUACGAUCAUAUGUGAUUGCAGAGACAGACAAAAUCUUAGCUAUGGAAUCAGUUUCUCUUCCAGUGCCCUCUGUCCAGGAGAUAGCAAAAGAGGCUUUGACCAAAGUUCCAGAGCGUUAUGUUCGUCCACAUCACGAGCGUCCAAUAUUAUCUACCAUCAAUACUUUACCUCAAGUUCCUGUGAUUGACUUUGCCAAUUUUUUGUCUCAAGAUUUCAGACAAUCUGAGCUGAAGAAGCUUGAUUAUGCAUGCAAAGAAUGGGGUUUCUUUCAGUUGAUUAAUCAUGGAAUCAACGAGUCAUUGGUGGAAAAUGUGAAGUUUGGUGCUGAAAAUUUCUUCAACCUUCCUAUGGAAGAGAAGAAGAAGUUUGGGCAGAAGGAAGGAGACGUGGAGGGAUAUGGCCAAGCCUUUGUUGUCUCUGAUGAACAGAAAUUGGAGUGGGCAGACAUGUGUUUCAUGCUCACUUUGCCAUCACACCAAAGGAAACCACACUUAUUGCCCUGCCUCCCCUUACCAUUCAGGGAGGACUUAGAGACUUACUCUGCAGAAUUGAAAAACCUUGCCAUCAAGAUACUUGAUCUUGUGGCCAAUGCUCUAACAAUUGACACCACAGAAAUCAAAGAGUUAUUUGGCGAAGGAGUUCAAUCACUGAGGAUGAAUUAUUAUCCACCAUGUCCACAACCAGAGCUUGUGAUGGGACUCAAUCCUCAUUCUGAUGGUGGUGGCCUCACCAUUCUUCUCCAAGCGAAUGAAGUUGAAGGGCUUCAAAUAAAACAUGGCGGAUUGUGGAUUCCAGUUAAACCCGUUACUAAUGCUUUCAUCAUCAACAUUGGGGACAUGUUGGAGAUAAUAACAAAUGGAAUUUACAGAAGCAUUGAACAUCGAGCAACAGUCAACUCAAACAAGGAGAGACUUUCUAUAGCCACAUUUUACAGCCCUGGUAUGGAGGGAAAUAUAAGUUCUGCACCAAGCCUUAUUACUCCAAAUAAUCCAGCAGUUUUCAAAACAAUUAGUGUAUUAGAUUACUAUAAAGGGUACCUUGCGCGUGAACUCCGAGGAAAAUCAUUCCUCGAUAGCAUGAGGGUCCAAAGUGAAGAGGAGAAAAGUUCUUAGAACUUUAAAAUCGAUUGGUAUAAGAAAUUUCAACACCCAUUAGAUAAGUUCAAUUAAGAGCUCAUUUGGAUAGUCUCUUUUCUCCGGUUUCGUUAAAAAAAUGCGUGUUAACAUGUGCUAUCAUGUUUAUAUAUUUUUCAUUAAGUAAAAGUGUAUUUAGAAAAUUCAUGGUUGUAGAUGCUAUUUUGUUGAGUAAAAGUGUAUCAAAUGUUAUUUUACAAGAUUUUCCAGUUUGAGACUCCAAA